ACAAUGGUUAAGAAAUGAGCCGGGCAAUGCAUAGACAGCUAUGAAUAAUAAUAAUAACAACAACGUGUUUUUGUUAUUGCCUUUGCUCAAUGAAAACAACAGUCCCAAUAUCAAGUGCAAAAGAGAAUAACAACAACUAUAAAGGGCAAGGAAAUUACUUAAUUGGCCAGUAUUUUGUUAGUAAAAGGUCUUGAAAAUUAAUUUCACACAGAAUGUUUGGGUGCAAUCCUUUGGACUAUGAUUUGAAAGUGGAAUUAUCACGAUGCUUUAAUGGUAUUGGAACUGUUUACUUAGCGCAAUAUUUACCCAAUGGACAACAUAUCGCAGUAAAAAAAUAUCGUAUGGAUAAGGCAAGCAAAGAGGAGAGCAUCUUAGCGCGUGAUGAACUGCUUAUCAUGCGUCAGUUCAAUCAUCCCAACAUACAUACAUUCCAUACAUCGUUUGUAUAUGGGAAUGAGCUCUUUCAGAUAGCACCGUUGAUGUGCUUUGGUAGCUGCAAGGACACCAUUGCUAACUGUUUUCGGGCGGGUUUCCCUGAAAUUUUUGUUGCUUUGAUAAUGCGUGAUGUACUCUCCGGCCUGGAGUACCUACAUCGUCGUGGUUAUAUACAUCGCUCCAUUCGUGCCAGCCAUAUACUACUCAAUCAAACUAAAGCAAUAUUAUCUGGUUUCCGUGAAUGUACCAGCAUUGUAGGCCAUGGUGAACGCAUUGCAGCUUUGCAUCACUUAGCACCUUGCAGUGCACGUAGUUUAAACUGGUUAGCACCAGAAGUGCUGGAGCAAAACAUAAUUGGCUACUCAGAGAAAUCGGAUAUUUACUCAAUUGGUAUAACAUGCUGUGAACUAGCGAACGGCGUGGAACCCUUUGCUGAUGCACAGCCAACCUUUAUGUUUACUGAAAAAGUACGUGGCAAUGUGCCAACAUUAUUAGAUCGUUCUACAUGUCCCGCCAGCGAAGAAAUGAUAGAAAUUGUCGCAAGUACUGACUCAGACUCGAUUAGGCAGGCACAGCAAAUCUACAGUCAACGUGUAUUCUCUGAUGAGUUCCAUCAAUUUACAGAAAUUUGUAUGGAGAAAAAACCCUCAAGUCGUUGGUCAACAUUACAGCUCCUUAGUCAUUCCUUUUUCAAACAAUGUCGACACACAAGUAUACUAGAUCAAUUGCAACGUUUCGGUUUAGAGACAAAGGACUAUUCACAGAUAAGAGACCAAAGUUUGACACUAUGCACCGACUUGAGUGAGAUGAAUGUGCACAGCAAUGAUUGGGACUGGGAUUUUUAAACUCAUUGUCAAGUCAUACCAACACACAAGUUUAUAUAUGUACAUAAAAAAAAAUAUAUAUAUACGAUUUUAUACAUACAAUUAUAUAGAUAUAGCUUUAGUGUGUAUUUCUUAAUUCCAUGUUAAAUUUAAAAUUCAAGUGUUUGUACUUACGCAAUGCCUCCAAGAGAGAAUUUGAAAGACUACCACAUCAAACAGUUUGUAAAUUCAUCACAAGAGAUUUAUACAAAAGAAUUUUCAUUUUGAAAAAUUAGCUCUAGUUAAUUGUCUAACAAUGUGGAUUUAGUAUGGUAACGGUGAUCACACGACUGUCGGGUCUACGUUAUCGCAACGGAGUCGACCAAGAACUGCCAACUUAGCAGCAAUCUUUAAAUCAUUUCAAGAAUGUGUUUUCCCGCUACAACAACAACAGCAACAUAAAACAAAUUUGAAUAACGAACUUGCAGUAAUCGUUAGAAGUAUAGUAGUUCCCACACACAAUUAUCUUUAAAUAAAUAAAACAUAAAAAAUUGUAUUUAAAAUGUUUCUUUUAUUUAAAUUAAAUAUUAUGCACUUUUAAUUCUUAAUUGCUUAUUCAAUAUUAAUAUUAAUGUUUAACAAUUUUUUUAUUAUUAAUACAAUUGUUGAUUGUGUAAAACAAAAUCAUACAACUAGAGAAGCAGAUUGUGGAUUUAAUUUUGAAAAUUGCACUAUUUGCAUCACUUGCUUUUGUUCUAUUUACAAAUUCCAAAUCCUAUUAUGGAAUAUUUCAUUUCAUCUUUUCGCUUAAGACAUGUCUGCAGCUCAAAUAAUGUAUGUAUAUACUUAUAUUUAAUAAAAUUGUAAAUUAAUGCAUUUAAUUUUAUGAAAAAAUUCAAUUCAAACAUUUCUCUUGGUUGAUGUAUUAUAAAGAUUAUAAAAGCGAAGUAAUUACCAAUGUUUAUUAAAAAAACCAUACCGUUAUACUCGUAAUGGCGUAAAUUUUGGAAAAUAGAUAACUUAAACUUAAGCUAUUCAGAUAGAAAAGAAUUUAAUUUUUAAGUGACAACAAUGAAAGCAAAGAUUAUAAUCUAAGGCCAACGAUUUUGAGAAAUAGUGGUAGUGCAGAGCGGCGUCAUUUUAUAAACUAAAACUUGAAAUGUAUGUCUAUAAACCUAACAAUUUAAUUUAUAAAAACAAAAUUAUUAUAUUGUGUUCACACGCCCAGCCAAAUAGACAGUUAUACAAUUUUUAAUUCAAAUACAAUUUCUGGAUAGUGUUUUAUUUCAAUUUAGAAAAAAAAAUCCGUUAAUUUAAUCGGCUUUCAAUUUAAAGAAAAUAAAACGCCAAUUGGCUUUUAACGCUAACUAAAUAAUAUUUGCGAAAAUCAUACCAAUUAACUUUUGUUUAACAUUUCGUUUAUUGAUUUCAUUUGAGGUGAUUUUUAUAUAUAUAUUUCUUUUUAUAUUGCAAAGGUUCUCAUAUAUAGAAAAUAUAAUAUAAUUAAAAUUAUAUGUGUGUAUAGAGUAAAAUUUAAUCAUAGAAUAAAUGUAGAUAACUGACUGAUUUCAUAACGUUCGAUAAUUGAUAUCGAAUAAAUCGAUACUUUAGCUUAAUUUACACUUAAUAUUUUACAUGCUAUAACAUAAUUUUCUUUGCAAUGUUUAAGCUUUUACAUAUUUUUUAAAGAAACACAAAAUGUUGUAAUUUAAAUGAAAAUUCGUAGCAAUAAUAACUGUAAACAAAACUUAAUACGUUCUUUUCUUAAACUUUUUCAAAUUAUAACUAAAAAAUUAACACUAGCAGGGAUUCCAGCGACUAUAGGUGUAAGUGUAUAUUGCAAAUAUAUAUAUAAUUGUAUAAAUGUGACCAAAUUGAUAAUAAAAAUAUAAAUCAAUGAA